AGAACACGCGCACCUACAAACAGCUCUGCCUUGCUCUGACGCUCUGACGCUUGCGAAAAUCAACUCAACAGACUCCUCAUCGAGACAAAUCCAAUUGCCGAAUAGACCUUGAUCGGUGAUUGCAGUCAAACAUGGAUCGGUACAUCGCCUCUUGCCGCGCGUCACUGGCCGCCCGCAUCCAUGACCUACCCGCGGAGCUCCUCGAGAUGGUCUUUCUUGAGGUCUGCAGCCAACAGCUCGACCUUCCGCCAGUAUACCACAAGCGAAUCCGAAGAAAUUCGUGUCCUGCUCUUGAGAUCUCGUGGGUCUGCUCCAGGUGGCGCGCUGUAGCCCUUGCGAGCACUGCCUUGUGGGCACCUUCGCGCCUCGUUGUCGAUCUUGGGCGUUACGAAAAACUGAUGUCUCGGGCCUCCCCUGCUCUCGUCAAGGAAAAGUGCAAUAACCUGCUCCAAUGCUACCUUCAACGAUCGGGCUCAAGAUCAAUCGACGCGUACAUUCUGGACAAGCUUCGCGAUGUCUACACAUGCGAGCAAACCGUCGGUGACAUCGUGGAUCUUGUCUGUUCGUCAAUUUCUCGCUGGAGGCUCUUUGUGGCCCCGAAUUACGUCGUGUGUCGCAUAUCCGCCGCUGUUCAGACCGCGAGACCUCUUCUUCUCAGGGCAGCAAGGGUGUCAAACGAUGUCAUGCCAGACUUCGACUUCGACCUCGACCUCGACCUCUCCAAUGUGCCUAAGUUUAAUUAUUGGCAUGGCCCUCUCGCUUCCGUCGCCGGAGGGAAGCUCAGUCUCCCAUGGCAGCAGCUCACUCACAUUGACAGCGACGACUACAUGUCGAUCGGCACCUUCAUGCAGAUCAUGCCUCUCUGUCAAGCUCUUGUCGAGCUCCGCGCCAGCAUAUCCAGCAACGAGACCUCCGAUCCCUUGCCGGCAAAACAAGCUGUUUCUCUGCCUCAACUUCGGGAUGUAUCUCUCACUUUCGAAGACUACAAUAUCCUUGCGUACACUUUCUCCGUGCUCACGACGCAGACCCUGGCCGUCCUCAGUGUCUUCGGUAGCCUUAGAGAGAGAGAAUACGAGCCGGACUACCCUCCCUAUACCCACCGCCGGUCUAUGGUGGACCUGCCGCACUGGCCCGUCGACGAGUUCUCCGGAUGGCUGCGCCGCUCGGGGAACAGCCUCAAGAGCCUCACAAUCGAAGGCUUUUCCAUGCCGCGGAGGAGUCUCGUCGAUGCCUUGGAGCUCUUGCCCGAACUCACGUCGCUCUCACUCUUUCUGCUCACAAUCUCAGAUCUCCUCAGCCCCACGUACGCUAUCGACGACGACAUGUUGCUCCGUAUGACGGCGUGCGAUGGGGAACUGCCAAGCCUGCUCCCGCAGCUCACGGACCUGGAAAUCCGCGGCAUAGGCGCUAGCAAUGAGGCAUUGGCUAUCGCCAUGAUCAAGUCGAGGAGGGACCCGCCCUUCAAAGACGUGCUCAUACAUAUCAUGUGGAGGUGCAUAUCUAUGAAGCAAGACGGGGAGUUGGUCGUCACUGGAUCUCGAUGAAGUGACCUGAUGAGCGACACGGCUGCAAAUCGCUGAGUCCUGACCCAAUCUCCCUGCUGAAGAGUGCGAGCACGGCGUAGAAGUGGCGCGGUCGGUGGCCGGAGUGCGAGGCAAAUGUUCUGUUCAGACGAAUGGGAUGCGCGCUAGAGGAAUAUAUCGCAAUUGUGCAGUAGAAUAUGUCUAUUUUGCAGUAGAGUAUGCUCAUCUUGCGGUGGAGUGGACCUCAAACAAUCAUCCUAGCACUACACUUCCAUAGCAUCUAUAUUAAUCUGCAUACGAUGGGUCGCCAUCAACCGCGGCCACUCCUUGAAGUACCUGAAGAGUGUCUGCGCCGACAGAUGGCCGUCGCCAUAGAUGAAUUCAUCUCCUAGGAUGUCCCUCAGUUGGGCCUGCGCCGCAUCGUCUAGCACUGUGGUCGAACCCCUUUCGGGCUGGAUGCAGAGGAAUUCGAGGGGUGAUGCGGCGUCAGCGAUGUCCGCCCCC